CAAAAUUUCUCUCUCCAUCUCUCUCAAACCAACUAACGCGCGAAAGCGGCGAAACGCCUCUCUCUUUCGUAACUCCUAUACCUAAUUCUCUCUCUCUAGAUCUCCUCUCCCACUCUCCCUCUCUCUCUCUCUCUCUCUCUCUCUCUCUCUCCCCGCCAAAUUGCUCCCCAAAACCAUCCAAUGGCUUCCUCCUCACCCUCCGUCCUCCCACUCACAACCACCCAAACAACCACAAUCGAAUCCCAGCCACCAAUCGCCACCCCAGCCUUCCGCGCCUUCAUCUCCCACAUAACCGACACGAUCCGCACCGGCCUCUCCCACCGCCGCCCCUGGACCGAGCUCGUCGACCGCUCCGCCUUCUCCAAGCCCGAAUCCCUCUCCGAAUCCACCCUCCGCAUCCGCAAGAACUACGCCUACUUCCGCGUCAACUACCUCUCCUGCCUCGCCGCCGUCCUCGCCGUCUCUCUCCUCACCAAUCCCUUCGCCCUCCUCCUCCUUCUCGCCCUCCUCGCCGCCUGGCUCUUCCUCUACCUCUUCCGCCCCUCCGAUCCCCCGCUCGUCAUCUUCGGCCGCACGUUUUCCGAACGAGAAACGCUAGGUAUGUUGAUUGUAUCCAGCAUUGUAGUGAUCUUCCUCACCAGCGUUGGAUCUGUUCUGAUCUCCGCUCUCAUGGUUGGAAUCGCCAUAGUUUGCGCUCAUGGUGCAUUUAGGGUUCCAGAAGACCUCUUUUUAGACGAUCAGGAAACGGCGGCACCCGGAUUCCUCUCCUUCCUCACCGCUUCCGCCACAAAUACCGCGGCUUCUGCCGCCACCGUGGUGGCAACACGUGUCUGAGGGGAUCAUAUCAUAGCAAUGAUGGUUUGGCUAACCUCGUAGUCGUUUCAAUCGACUUUAUGCAUUUUAGUGAAGAAAAAAAGUUAUAAUGAACAGAUUUGGAGUAACUCGGGGCUCUCCAUAUGUCUAGAUCUGGUAUAUUAUAUCGUGUUUCUUCAAGAAAUGUAGCUAUCCUUUUGUUUUAUGUGUAUUAGGAAAAAGUAAUACAUUGGACGCACAUGGAUGUUACGGAUUCGGUCGGUCACAUAUGUGUUUAGAAGUGUUCAAUGCAUGUGAGUUGGUUACAGAUCUACGGUAAAUGUGGAGCCUACACUUACGGAAGGUUUUGAAUUCAUCUGUAAGAAUUUAUUCAUACCGAUAUGUGUUAUUCGUAUUUUUGAUUAGGCAAAGUAAGCAUUUAUAUUGAAUUAUUUUGUUCAUUCAUUAUCGUAAAUCCACACUGAAAUGAGUUUUAUCA